AUGGGGCACCUAGCCCAUUCUGCUGAUGUGCGGGCUUCUCGACUAGAGGCCGAGGUGCCCUGGAUGAUUAAGAGAGCUAUUACUGUUGUGCUGACACCUCUCCGGGCUUCCAUGGAUACUUUCACGGCGAGAGUAGAGACUUGGGAGAGAGGAAAAGGUGUUACUACUGAGGUUACAACUUUGAAAACCGAUGUUUCUAAGUUGAGGAAGGAUGUAGACCAUCUGAAGUCCAUAAAUUUUACUUCAUUAUUUGGGAUGGUGGAGAUCCCAGAUGAUUCGAAUGUUGAGAUUCAAGCUUAUGCUGAGGCCUCCUUCAGAGACACUACUAUGGCAGGCUCUAGCCGGUCCACAACUGAUUCUUCACCGGACACUGAUUCCCAAUCUCAGAGUGUUACCCCGGGCACUGAUGCCCUGACAGACGAAGUGAAUGAGUAG